UUUAAUAUAAUUACCAUUAUUUUAUGUGGAUUUAUAAUUUAAUUAUAAUAAACAUUCAUUGUCUGUAUCGUUAUCAUAUUAAUAUAUAUAUUUUUAUACUUUUUAUAUUUGUUAAAACUUAACAAAUAAAAACCUAAUAUUUUUUUAACUGCAAAAACAUAAUUAAAGGAUUUUUAAUCGUUGUAUUUUUUUGUCUUGAGUAUUCUCUUAGGUACAAUAUCUUUCUUAUAGAUCGGAAAAUAAAAAAAAGCUUGAAACGAAAAAUCGUUAUUCUUAAUAUUCGUCUUAUUUUGUUCAUACAAUCGCCUCCAUUAUCAUCAAUAAAUAAAUGUUUUUAAGUAACAGUGUUUAUAUAGUGAUCCCAUUAAGUUUUUGAACAAAAAAAUUAUUUUAUUCUUUGUUAAAUUCAUACAACAUAUUUCUAGGAAAAUUUGAUAACUCCAUUGGGCGGACAACGCCCUAGAGGCGUUGAGCAUUACCCUUAUUAUCAAUCAAAGAGAGGGGGUACCGCCUGCCAUGAAAACAGCCUGCAUAGUAGUUACAUUUUCAAACGAAAGAAGGAACCUUAACAACAGUUUUUUGGUGUACAAUCGUAAUUUUACUGUUGAUUUACCAUUUUAUGUUAUUUACAGCGUAGAAGAUGUCUUUUGAUGGCAGACAUUUUUUGUGUAUCUCUCAACCAAAUGUAAAAAGAAGAAAGAAAUUAAAUGACUGUAAAGGCAAUUCUCAAGAAGAAAUUAAAAGAGAAUUAGAAGAAGGUGUUGAAGAGUGGUUGGACGAUCCUCCAGAAAGAAGUAAUAUACAAUUUAUUGGAAAUUCUGGAUUGAAGGAAUUAGUACAAGACCAAACACCUUUCUCUUACUUCUCCCUGUUUUUCACAUCAACAUUUUUAGAACUUUUAGUAGCAGAAACUAAUGCGUAUGCUGAAAUUGUAUUUUUACAAGAUUGCGGUGAAAGAGCAAGAAUUUCUGACUGGAAAGACACUACCGUAGAUGAAAUAAAAAUCUUUCUGGGAAUACUAUUUUUGAUGGGACUCAUCAGAAUAAAUCGCAUGAAUGAUUGUUGGAGGAAACAUUAUUUGUUCAAUCUACCUUUUGGAAAAUUUAUAGGUCGUGAUCGCUUUUUAUUGAUUUUAAGGUGUCUCCACUUUGAUCGAUUACAACACUCUGAUGAUAGUUUACGUAAAAUAAAUACUAUAAUUACUUAUUUCAAUCAAAACAUGGAUAAAAUUUAUAGUCCUUUCAAAGAACUUUUGAUAGAAGAAAGCAUGGUUCUAUGGGGAGGGCAAUUAAAUUCUAAGAAUCAUCCAUCUAAUAAAAAACAUAAAUGUGGUAUAAAAUUGCACGCCUUAUGUGAACCAUCUGGUAUAAUUAAUAAAUUACACGUACAAGGGAAUUCCAGUACUGAAAACGUAGGGGAUAAGGAUUGUAUCAGAACAAUUGUUGAUAAGUUAUUAAAUGGGAGAACAGGCCAGGGUCAUGCAGUUUUUAUGGACAGUUACUAUAGUAGCGUGUCACUAGUUAGUGAUCUUCUUGCAAAUAAAACUUAUUGCACUGGAAGUUUACAACCAAAGAAAAUAGGUAACCCAUCCGAAGUAAUACAGAAAAAAUUACAAAUGGGUGAAUUCGUAUAUAAGUAUAACAAACAGGGAGUUUGUUGCUGUAAGUGGAAAGACAGAAAGAAUAUUUAUAGCAUUUCAAGUGAAUAUGGAGGGGAACUUGUAAAUGUUAAGAACAAACAAGGAGAAGAGAAGAAAAAACCACAACUCAUUGUAGAAUAUAACAAACAUAUGCAGAAAGUUGAUAGACAAGAUCAGAUGCUAUCAUAUUAUCCUUUAACCCAUAAAACUCUCCAGUGGUACAAGAAACUGGGCAUACGUGUAAUGCAUAUAAUGCUCAAUAAUGCUCACAUACUUUAUAAUAAAUAUAGUGGAGCCAUAAAAAAAGAUUUACAUGAUUUCCAGUUUGAAAUUGUCUCAACAUUAUUGCCUCCACCAGAUCAAAAUAUUCCAUCAUUUUCACCACAAUUUAAAGUACAUUUACCAGAAUUACUUCCAAAAGGGGCGAAUAAUAGAAUUAUGAGGAGACGAUGUAAAUUAUGUAAUGAUAAAAAAAAUAUUAGGUUAGAUACAAUUUAUCACUGUUCAGAUUGUCCAUCAAAACCUGGCUUAUGUUUAACCCCAUGUUUCAGAGAGUUUCAUAAAUAUAAAUAAAUUAAUUUAGUAUUGUACUAUAAUGUGCUGGACAAUUUUUAAAUGUUCGGAAUAUUAAAAUAGAUCAUUUUAAUAUUUAUAUUUGUUACGGGACACUGAGACUGAUUACUUAAAUACAUUAUUUUUUAUUUUCCUUGUAUUACUUUACGAAUCAUAUAUUUAAUACAUAAAUAUUGUAAAAACUUCUCUUUUUGUAGUGUAUUUCUCAUCUAUGCUUUUACUUUUUUACUUUAUUUCUGUCACACUUUUAAUCAAAAUUUUAAGUACAUUAGUCUACUAGUGAACAAUUAUACAAUUAUUUUAUGAAUCAAUUAAACUCUUUAAUGAAAAGCUAUUACCAGAAUUGUAUAUCAAUUUAUACAUGAUUAUUAAAAAAAAAAACUUUUUUAUAUAAACAGUAAAUGUGUU